AUGAACAUUCAAGUCUUUGUCUCAGAGGAGUACACCAAUAUGGGAGCCGCCAUCAGAGACCUGGAUGCCAAAGGAGUGAUCAAAUCAAAUUUUGUUCUACUCAACGGUGAUUGUAUUGGCAAUUUGCAACUGAAUGAACUGAUUGACAUUCACAAACGCAACGUAAAAAACGAUCCAGGCUGCAUCAUGACUACAGUGUUUAGAAAAGCCUCCCCAAACCACCGAAUUCGGUCGGCAGACAAUGAAAUUGCACUUCUAUUAGAUUUUAAGCAGAAGAUAGUCUUUUUAGAAAAUAACCACAAGAAUAAACAAGCUGAAAUCCCACUGAAACUUCUUAAUGAGACCGACGUGUCAGUGCAUUUUGACCUGAUUGACACUCACAUCAGCAUUUGCUCUGACAAAGUACCGCCUGAUUUCAGCGACAAUUUUGACUUUGAAAAUCGCGAUGAUUUUAUCAACGGACUUCUAGCUGACGAUGAACUUUUGCAACACUACAUUUAUGCGCACAUUUUAGAUGAUGGUUAUGCGACUUGUGUCUCAGAUGUGACCUCUUACGAUAGCAUCAGUCGAGACAUAAUUCAGCGAUUUUCUUUUCCAAUUGUUCCUGAUCAGGAGAGUGAUUGCUCUUAUCGACGCUUCAAUGUCUACUUGAACGACGACGUCAAAAUUUUAAAUAAAACUGAAAUAACGCAAAAUGUAACUAUUGGACGCAACACAUCAAUUGGAUCAUCUUCAUCCAUUGGCGAUAGCGUCAUUGGCAAGAAUUGCACUAUUGGCAGUAAUGUCAAUAUAAAAAACUCCUACAUUUGGGAUAAUGUGACUGUUGAGGAUAACUGUUCAAUUGAAAAGAGUAUAAUCGCCUCUAAGGUGGUCAUUGGAAAGGGCACUUGCAUUGCACAGGGCUGUAUCAUCGCAAAUGAUGUUGUGAUUGACGAAAAUAUGCGCAUCAAGGAGUUCACCUGCCUAGUUAAUGAUGACGACAGUGCUCACAAUAAAGAGGCUGUAGGGGAACAUGGCAAGGGCUUCUUCUUUGAGCAGCAGUAUGAUUCAGACAAUGAAAGCGACGAAAUCGACAUUUGGUGUACUGAGGCCAAGGAAGAGGAUGACGCCUCUUCAGUCAGUACCAGUUUCUCCGACUCUUCGGAUGACGAAAGCUGUGACAGUCCAGCUUUCGACGAGUUCAAUUCUUUCUUCAAUGAAGUCUAUGAUAGCUUGCAGAGAGGAAUCGAAGAGAAACUAAUUGCUGAAAAUCUCAUUCUGGAAAUUAAUUCUUCCAAGCAUGCUUACAACGUUCCAAUGAAUGAAGUUAACUCUUUAGUCUUGAAAGCUAUUUUAAAGUUGACUCACCAGGCAGGCGGAGACUUUUUAGUAACUCUAAAGGAACACAUGAAGUACAUGCUUCCCGUCAUUCAGAACUACAUUCGCAGUGAUGAGUCACAGAAGGACUGCAUUUAUUCGCUGGAGGAGUUUUACCUCAGCAAUGACGACACCAUUAAACCGGUGGUGUUUGUGAAGAUACUUCAGUAUUUGUACGACAAGAAUGUUCUUUCAGAAGAGACUAUUUUGCCUUGGUUCAAUGAGCCUGAUUAUCUGCCCGAGCACGAAGUAAAAGACCAGAAGCGAUUGCGUGGUCAAAAAGAGCUGAUACUCUUCACCAAGUGGCUAAGUGAAGCUGAAGAGGAGUCAGAUUCAGAUUCUGAUUAA